AUGUCAGCAAACGAACGAGCUGGGAGAAGAGGUGCCCAAAGACGACGACGAGCACCCGAUCGUCUGGGACAAGAAGACAGCAGCGACAGCAAAGGAGAAGAAAUCCAGGCACCACCAGCAGAUCCAGCUGACAAUGCAGCAGCCCCCGCCGCAAUCGACAAUGCAGCAGUCCCUGCAGCUCAAGAAGGGGCAGCUGCACCACCACAACCACGUCAAGUCCAAUUUGCAGCAAAUGUCGAAGCACCUCAAGGCGCACCUCCAGCGCAAGUACCUCCGCCUCUAAAUCAACAGAUAAAUAUAGGAGCCCUGAAUCAAGCAUUGGCCGCCAUGCAACAGCUUACACAGCAAAUAACACAGCAGCUUCAACAACAACAACAAGCAGCUGCUCCACAGCAACCAGUACCAAUGCAACCAGCUCCAAUCAUGGCACAACCCCAACAAAUUCCCCCGGUGCAACAACAACGAAACCAACCUCCUAUGGCUCUAGUUGGAAUCUACGGACAAGGAGUUUUGACACCACCAACAAGAGGACACCAAGACGCACUAGAUUUUGUUUCACAAAAGAUGGAUCUGAGCUAUGCCGGCGACAAACCUGGAGCGAACUCUCUCCUUCAUCACCUGCAAGACAAAGCUCGACAAGUCAAUCUAUAUGAAGUAUUUGAAGUGACAACUGCACAAGGCCAGGUUCUGAAUCUAUUCGAUCACUACCUCUCCAUCUCAUUACAACAAGUGAAAGCUGCAGCCAUCGCCCGAUGGAACACCAACACUUGGAAUCGACAAGGAUCCUACAUGCUCUCACUGUCACUAUUAAAGAGCCUCUCAACGAGCUUUCAUACACACAUCAUCAGCCACAAACCCAAAUACUCAAUGCAGUCAGGAUACAGUGACGUUGCCCUUGUAUUAAAGACAAUUCUGUCCCAAGUGUUUCCUACCACCACGACUGGAACCAACAACGUGCUCACACAACUAAGUCAGCUUGACAUCAAGGACCAUGAGAACAACCAAUUGAACUUGCAUCAAGAAUUCAAACGCCUUGUUGGAAUCAUGCACGCAGCACCUGAUGGCCUUGCUAGCAUGAACAAAUUGAUGCAACGAUUCUAUUUAUUGGAAAGCUACAAAACAAUCAAAUGCGACGCCUUUACCAUGUUUGUUUUGCAACAAAAGAAUCAAAUGAAUGUUCCCAGCAUCGACAAAAUCAUGGACCAAUCCGAACAAAACACACGAGACGCUCUCCGCAAGAAAAAGAAGGCCGCCAAAUCAGCCAAGAAGAAGAAAGGAAAGAAGCAACGUGGCACAACCGACGACAACUGGAUCACCACACCUCCAUCACCAGGAAAAGAAGACAAACCCAUUGAAAGAGACGGCAAAGAAUGGAACUGGUGCAUCCACCACCAAAAAUACGUUGUUGCAGCCGGGAAUCGACAACAAGGUCCACAUUCUUCAGCCACUUGCACCCUGAAUCCCAAGAACCAAAAGUAG